AUGUCGUCAAAAGCAAAAACUACGACUACAGAAGAAGCUACAAAAGCUAAAAAACAAACGUCGAAGAAGAAGGAGAAAACCGCUACAAAGAAAACAAAAUUAUCACAAUCCGAUAUUCCAUUAUCAUCUCUUUCUAAUUCUAGUACGUCACAUCAACAACAUCAUUCAGCUCCACCACCACAAAAUCAACAGUCAAAAACAGGUUUACAAUCAAUUAAUGAAAAUGUAGAAUAUUUACAUACGAAUGGAACCAACGAACAACAACAACAACAACAACAAACUGUAAUCAAUUCUCGUUUUCCUCGUUCGAAUACAGUUCCCUAUCCAGCAUACGCAACAUAUAGAAAAGGUGCUGGAAAUAGUCUUCCUUCACAUUAUUAUUAUACUGAUUAUCCCACAUUUUUUCACGGAACAAUUUCACCUGCACAAACAAAUACAUAUUAUAAUACACGACAACCACUUUCAUCAAUAAAUACUAAUUUUCAACCAAUAUCACCUCAUCAUCAACAAUACACUAAUCGACCUGUUGAUGUUCUUAAACCAACAUUUUUAAUCGUACCAAAAGAAGCUGAACAACAAUUAACAGCUCAACUUUCAGCAUCUAAUUCACCUGUACCAAUAACAAAUGCUACAAUGAAAUCAUCAUCUAAACCAAUAACAAAGAAAACCAAUAUAAAAAAACAAGAAAAAACAACUACUAUUAAACAACAAUCAUUACCUAAUGUUCGAAGUGUUGAAGUUCAAACUAAUAAUCAUUCACCAACUAGAACAACGACAGCAGGAGUAACAAUUAUGGAUAAUACACAUCAACAUGCUGGUGUAAUAGCUACACCAAAUCCAUCACCAUAUGUUCAUUUUGUUAAUGCAUCUUAUCCAACACAAUCACCACAAUUUUUCCAAGAAGGUCCACCAGAAACAUCGAUCAUGAAUGAUGAAUUUAUUCCUGUGAAUGAAUAUCAACCAUCAGCUAGUAUUCGAUCAAUGCCAAACAUUGCUUUAACACAAGCCUCACCUCAUCACCUAUAUGUUUCACCUACUUCACGACAUUAUCAUCUUUCUCAACAAAUAUAUGAUGAACAGCAACAACAACAGCAACAACAACAACAUGUGCCAUUGACCAAUACUGAACCAGCAAUUGUUCGUUCAGCUACUGUACCUCCAAUGGCACCAAGAUCGAAAGCUACUCGUAUGGAAACAGGAGAAACAGAUGAAUCGAGUUUAACAUCACUUGAUUUUGCUCAUACUGAUCUUGUUGAUAUUCCUGGUUCAUGGGGAUAUCGAUCAUUACCUGAUGGACGGUCAAUACCUAUAUUAACAUCAACAAGACGAUGUCGUGCACCAAUACCUCAAUCAUUUUAUGAUCCUCAACAUUAUCCUAGUGAUUCAGAACAAGUCAUACGUUCAUCUAGUUUUCGUCAUCCUCAACGACAACAACAACAACAACAACAAUCAUUGACAAAAUCACGUCCAUUUGGUUCAAUACCAUCAAUUAAUAGACCAUUUGAUUCAAUUCGAAGUCAACAAACAAAUCAAUUUCCAUCAUCAAUUCGUUUAAAUGAACGAGAUGUUUUAAAAAUAGCAUCAUUUUAUCGAAGCAUUGGUACCCUUGUGUAUGUUGGUCGUAGUGUUGCUACACUUUAUACAUCAGAUUUUGAUGCUAUGGCCAAUUUAAAAGAUUGGAAGAAACUUUAUGUAGGUGUACCUAUAUGGCUUUUCAAUACAGGCAUGAAUCCGAAAAGAUCUCGUAAUAUUCGUUUAAUAAUAUCAGAACUUGGUUCAAGUUUUACACUUUGGGAUACAAUAGUUAAUGGCGCAUCUGAUGUACGCCUACCAAAGGCACGUCACAUAACAUUAAAAUCGCUUGAAACAGGUACGGUACUUGCAUUGAAAUUUGAGGAUACAAGUGCAACCGAUGAAUUUCAUCAAUAUUUUGUUAAAUUAUCAUGUGAUCCACGUAAUGCUGAUUUAUUUGACAUAUUUAAUGCAAAACGACGUGCACCAGGUUUUAUUCUACGUAAACGAAGAAUAAAAAAAUCAGCUAUUUCAAAACCAACAGAAUUUAAUCAUAUAACUAAAGUUGAUGAACAUGAUCGAGAUUCAUUAUAUACUUAUUCGGUGCUGGUCGAUGAUGGAGCUCUUAGCAGUUAG